CGAAGCUCGCUCGCACUGGGCUUUUUCGCCCGGUGAUUGAUGUCCCAGAGUCAACAGCGAGCGAACAGCCGAAGAGGGAAAGGAGAAGUCGGAGAGGGGAAGAAUACGACGCCCCCUCUCUCCCUCCCCUCCCCCUACUUUAGACCUUCUGCGCACUUAGCCUCCAAGUCUCUGCGCAGCCAGGAGCCGCUGUUGCCUCUGCGCCCCUGCUCGCUGCCCCAGGAGCCAAGCACAGCGAACGCCGCCGCCCGGGCCCCCCCGUGGGGCCGGGGCCAGCAUGGAGCACCUGGGUCCACACCACCUCCACCCAGGCCACGCGGAGCCCAUCAGCUUUGGCAUCGACCAGAUCCUCAACAGCCCGGACCAGAGCGGCUGUAUGGGGCCCGCCUCGCGCCUCCAGGACGGAGAAUACGGCCUGGGCUGUUUGGUCGGAGGCGCCUACACUUAUGGUGGCGGGAGCUCCGCGACUGGGACAGGGGCCGGGAGCGGCGGAGCCUAUGGUGCUGGCGGUACCGGCGGCCCAGGCGGCCCAUCUGGCGGUGGCGGCGGCGCCUGCAGCAUGGGUCCACUGGCCGGCUCCUACAACGUGAACAUGGCCUUGGCGGGCGGUCCUGGCCCUGGUGGCGGCGGCGGCGGCGGCAGCAGUGGCGGAGGAUCGCUGAGCGCUGCAGGGGUUAUCCGGGUGCCAGCGCACAGGCCACUAGCCGGAGCCGUGGCCCACACCCAGCCCCUGGCCACUGGCUUGCCCACCGUGCCCUCUGUGCCUGCGGUGCCGGGCGUCAACAACCUCACUGGCCUCACCUUCCCUUGGAUGGAAAGUAAUCGCAGAUACACAAAGGACAGGUUCACAGGUCACCCCUAUCAGAACCGGACGCCCCCCAAGAAGAAGAAGCCGCGUACAUCCUUCACGCGCCUGCAGAUCUGCGAGCUGGAGAAGCGCUUCCACCGCCAGAAGUACCUGGCCUCGGCCGAGCGUGCCGCCCUAGCUAAGGCGCUUAAAAUGACCGACGCGCAGGUCAAAACCUGGUUCCAGAACCGGCGGACGAAGUGGAGACGGCAGACAGCGGAGGAGCGAGAGGCGGAGAGGCAGCAGGCGAACCGCAUCCUUCUGCAGCUGCAGCAGGAGGCAUUCCAGAAGAGCCUGGCACAGCCACUGCCCGCCGACCCACUGUGUGUGCACAACUCUUCGCUCUUCGCCCUGCAGAAUCUGCAGCCAUGGUCUGACGACUCGACUAAGAUUACUAGUGUCACAUCUGUGGCGUCAGCCUGUGAGUGA